UCUUCAGCUUCAAACGAAGCUUUAUUGCGCCGCAGCUGUUGUUGAUCGCAAGGUUUAAAUAAAGACUUGGAUCUUUUGAAUCGACAAAAGUUGCUCUAAAGUGGAGAAAUGGAGUUGCCCAACUACAGCAGCCAGCUGAUGCAGCAGCUCUGGACUCUGAGGAAGGAUGACCUCUUCUGUGACUGCACCAUCCUGGUCGGAGACGAGCCUCACCGCGCACAUAAGCUUGUGCUGGCAGCGUCCAGUAUGCUUUUCAGGUCUAUCCUUAAGAGCUCUGAUACGAUCUCCAUCGACACCACGCUGGUUUCCCAUCAAGAAUUUGGCAGUUUGCUGGACAUGGUCUACACAGGCAAGCUGCCUGUGGGCAAACACAACGUCAGCCGCAUCAUUGCCGCUGCAGACGGCCUACAGAUGUACGACGUGGCCAUCGGUUUCAGAAAUGUCCAGCAGCUUGUGAACAACCCACCCUUAGUGACCCUAACGAGCACCCAGAGCCUGAAACCUGAAGCAUCAGCAUCACCUGAAGGGGAGGCUUUGACAGACGACAACCAGACGGGACCCAACGUGAAACAGGAGGAAGGUCACCCCAGAGGCAACGAGGAAUCAGCAUGUUCGUCAACUCAAAUUCGUCUCACUGAAUCUUCAGCUGCGUCACAACAACACAGCCGCUCUGAGUGCGACGAACAGCCGAAGGCGAUAAACGAUGACGAGCAGAGUGAGAAAGAGAUGGAGGACGAGGACAAAGAUAAGGCAGACCCCUCAUCCAUGCGCUACUCCUGCAGCAGCUGUAAGAAGGGCUUUGCCUACAGGUGCCGCAUGCUGGCCCACACGAAGCGCUGCCGUGUGGCCCGCCCCACUGGGCAGCAGUGCCGCCUCUGUCCACAGAAGCUUCCAACGCAGCUGGCUCUGCAGCGCCACCAGACCCAGGCUCACCGCAGCAUCGUACGGGCCAAGAAGAAGGUGGCCUGUGACCUCUGCGGGCGAACGUUUGCCCACCCGUCAGGUAUGAUUUACCACAGGAGGACUGAGCAUUUUGAAGAGAAACCGUUUGGUUGUGAGGAAUGUGGAGCCAAGUUUGGGGCCAACUCCUCCCUGAAGAAUCACAUGCGGCUGCACACGGGAGAGAAACCGUACCGCUGCAAACACUGUGACCUGAGCUUCAGGGUGGCUGCCGCGCUCUCUUACCACACCAAGAAGAAGCACUCUGAGGGGAAGAUGUACGUGUGUCAGUACUGCAAGGCCGUUUUUGCCCAGUCCAUUGAGCUGACGCGACAUGUGCGAACACACACCGGAGACCGACCUUAUGUGUGCCGCGAGUGUGGAAAAGGCUACAGCCAGGCCAGCGGACUCACAGUCCACCUACAGACCUUCCACAAACUGGCUGAGCCUCAGGAUUGUCAGAAAUGCUGCCUGAGCUUCUCCUCACUGGAGGAGCAUCGCCAGCACAUCGAGGAGUGCCAUUCGAAGGAGUUCCACAAGUGUCCCACCUGUCACAAGGUUUUCAACAGCGCCGCCCUGCUGGACAAACACAAGGCCACUCACACAGGCACCAAGCCCUUCAGCUGUGACCUGUGCAACAAGUCUUACCAGCAACUCUCAGGUCUCUGGUACCACAACCGCACCACCCACCCCGACGUAUUCGCUAACAACACGCGGCAGCUGAAGACCCUGUUCCAGUGUGAGACCUGCUUCAAGUUCUUCCCCUGUGCCAGCAUCAUGGCCAAGCACCAAGCAGCUGAGCACCAAG